AUGUCACCACAGAGAUCGCAGUCGGCGCUGGGUAACAUACCAAGAGUAGUAGUGCGACCAACAUGGGAUAAUGUUGUAGCAGCGAGCUACCUCAUCAAGGGAAUCGUCUUCUUCCUACUUCACCCGUUUCUACAUCCUCUUCUGAAAGCACGACUGCUUCCUGCCUUCCUACUCAGCGUAUUCGUAUACUUUAACCUCUUCUUCUGGACAUUAUUACCGCAGGUUCUGUUCCUAAAGUUGUUUCAUACGGUUGGGAGUGCGUGGGUGAACGCAGUAUUUCUGGUUCUUGGAGAGGGAGCUGCAGUGGUAGCUCUGCUCUUUGAGUCUUUCCUUGUGGAUGAGUCCCAAGUUGACAUAUUUGACGCUGUUUUAAUCUACAAAGGCUACGAAGACUUGGUCCGUCAAUACCGACCCGUCACGGAGGAUGCGCUGAAUGAUCCUGUCCGCCGGCUCGGAAAGCCCACACGCUCCUCGGUCUAUGCACCAUUCUCCUUCCGCCAGAUCGCCGAGUUUGUCAUGCUGCUACCGGUCAACUUCAUACCAUACGUUGGAGUGCCGGUAUUCCUCUUGUUGACAGGCUACCGAGCAGGCCCGUUCCAACACUGGCGAUAUUUCCAACUGCUGGGUUAUGAUCGCAAACGUAGAAAUGCCGCGAUCAAGAGCAGGCGCUGGCAAUACACUUGGUAUGGCACAGUUUAUCUGUUCCUGCAACUAGUGCCGCCAUUUAGCAUGUUCUUCCUGUUGACAGCACCAGCAAGCUCUGCACUGUGGGCGGCAGAGCUGGAGAGGGCGCGAAGAGAGCAGGAGGCAAACUUGGCCCAGGCGCCACAAGCACAGUACACGGAUGAGCCAGAAGCGGUAGUGUGA